AUUCCUCUGAACCUGCCGUGCUCCGUCACCCUGCAGCCGGGCCCCGAGGACACCGGGAAGGCCUGCGGGGUCGACUUUGAAGUGAAAGCUUUCUGCGCCGAAAACGUGGAAGAAAAAAUCCACAAAAGGAAUUCGGUGCGUCUGGUGAUCCGGAAGGUUCAGUACGCUCCGGAGAAACCGGGCCCUCAACCGACGGCAGAAACCACCAGACAGUUCCUGAUGUCGGACAAACCUCUGCACCUGGAGGCCUCUCUGGACAAAGAGAUUUAUUACCACGGAGAGCCGAUCAGCGUCAACGUCCACGUCACCAACAACACCAACAAGACGGUGAAGAAGAUGAAGAUCUCAGUCCGACAGUACGCAGACAUCUGCCUGUUCAACACGGCGCAGUACAAAUGUCCCGUGGCCACCGAGGAGUCCGAUGAUGUCGUCGCUCCCAGCUCGACUUUCUGCAAAGUUUUCACCCUCACGCCGUUUCUGGCCAACAACCGAGAGAAACGCGGCCUCGCUCUGGACGGAAAACUGAAGCACGAGGACACCAACCUGGCCUCCAGCACGCUGUUACGAGAAGGAGCCAAUAAGGAGAUUCUCGGCAUCAUCGUGUCGUACAAAGUCAAAGUGAAGCUGGUCGUGUCUCGAGGCGGGCUCCUGGGAGAUCUGGCGGCGAGUGACGUCUCCGUUGAGCUGCCGUUCACGUUAAUGCACCCGAAGCCCUUAGAAGAAUCCAUCUACAGAGACGGUGACGUUAACGAUGACAACAACGACAACAACGACAACAACAUUAACGACAACAACGAUAACGACGACAACAACGACAACAACGUUAACGACGACAACGAUAACAACGACGACAACGUUAACGACGACGAUGACAACAACAACGUUAACGACGACAACAACGUUAACGACGACAACAAC